ACUCUUGAUGCUGAUUGGUUGACAGCGUAAACCACGUGAUCUGAAAAGCAUUUCUCCUUUUACUACACGUGCACUUUUUGUUUGAUUACAGAACACCGACGAGUAACAACAGACUGAGGACGGUGUAAUUUUCAGCGAAACAACAUAUUAAUUCAUCUGUUUAAUACUGAUUUAGUAACCAGAUAUGUUUUUACUCGAGGCUGAAUCGAUGGACUGCACGAGUUAUCUUUUUGAAAGCGGGUUUGCAGUGAAUGGUGGUGAUGGUUCUGGACAGUCCACUAUACAUCUAGCGGCAUGCGGAGAUCAAGCUUUCUGCUUGCUGUGGUUGCUCCAGACAGGCGCUGAUGCAAACGAGCAGGAUGCAAAUGGAGAGACACCCAUGCAUAAAGCAGCCAGAUCUGGAAGUGUGGAGUGCAUAAGUGUGCUGAUGGCGAGUGAUGCAAAACUCAACAUCUGCAACAACUCUGGACAGACCGCCGAAGAUAUAGCUUGGUCUUGCGGGUUUGAGGAGUGCGCCAAGUUUUUAAAUACACAACGUAGAACACAAGACUUACGGAACAUCCCAUCAUCAUCCUCAUUGCCGGUCAAGCCGAGCAACUCUUUGGUGGGGCAGAAGAGAGGGCGCACCAUGUCCGACACCAUAGACUGCAAGAAAGCUUGCGACUGGUCGUAAAUGCUCCCAUGAAGAGGGGAUCAUUCGAGUAAUAUCCAUACCCAGUUGUUCAGCCAUUAUGAAACCGAGAACUCAAUGGGUGAACAGAUGGAUGGGUGUGUCUAUGUCAGAAUAUGAUUACUGUAGCCUUAACAGUGAAGGACAUUUGGGCCUGUUCUGUGGUCAGUAAUUUAGGGUGAGGAAUAUAUUCUGAUGUGGGAAUGCAGCAUGCUCUACAUAGACCGGAUACCUGCUAGCAUGCACGAGAUGGGAGUCAGGGCAAUGUUUCCUUGUUGGAUGGACAUACCUUUAAACACAGCAACUUGUAGGAAACACCAGUAAAAAAGUCAUGUGCUGUUUAGGGAGACAUUAAAGGAAUUAAUUUAUUCAAGGACCUGUGAAUGUGGCAAGUGGUUUGAAUUGAAGAUGCUUUAUUUUAGUAUUCCUGUAGCUCAAUUGUAAGCCUAGCAGUAGCAGCGUGUGGGUCUGAUCCAGUUGUGGGUCUGAUCCCAGGGAAAUUGGGAAUGCAUACUGAUGAAAUAUUUUGAGUGCACUGUAAAUCACUUUGAAUAAAAGCAACUGCCAAAUGUAAAAGUGUAAUUUUUGUGUUGUUAAACGAGUUUGUGAAGUUGGAAUAAAAUGAAUUUGUUGUUGGGCAGGAAUUUCAAGUACAUUUUUUUACAAUUUAUAUAGUUAUACGGACAAACUUCAAUGAGUGUAACCAAGAGUGUGAUGGGAAAAACAAAGCAAUGUUUUAAAAAUGAAAUAUUUCAAAGAAUGUUAAAUAAACCGUUCAGCUUUCACGU